AUGAAAAUUUCCGGUCGUACAUUUGUCAUUUCAGGCGGCGCGUCCGGGCUCGGCCGAGCUUGCGCCGUAGACCUCGUCGCCCACGGCGCAAACGUUGCCGUGCUUGACAUCAACCCGGAGCUCGGCGACACCCUGGUCAAGGAGCUCGGUGCCGACAAGGCCCGCUUCUUCACCGUGGACGUCACCGACUCCGGGUCGAUAGCAAAGGCCGUCGAGGGCUCCGCGUCAUGGGUUAGAGAGACCGGGAAGCCUUUUGGUGGCGUCAUCCCCGCCGCCGGCGUGGGCUUCCCAGGACUGAUCCUGGACUCCAGGAAAAGCCCACUUUCAUUAGAAUCGUUUGACCUUGUUGUGGCCAUCAACCUUCGUGGCACCAUCGACCUCGUCAGGCAAUGCCUACCUCAUAUCGCAGCCGCCGCCCCCGAUGGUCCUGACAACGAGCACGGAGUCGUCAUCAUGAUCUCCUCAUCGGCAGCCUUUGACGGUCAGAUGGGCCAGACGGCCUAUGCAGCCUCCAAGGGAGCCUUGGCGUCGGCCGCCCUGCCCAUGGCUCGCGACUUGUCUAGGCACGGUAUCAGGGUUGCUGUCAUUGCCCCGGGCAUGUUUGAGACGGCCAUGACGGCUGCAAUGUCAGAGAAGGUCCGUAGCGGGUUGGAGAAGACGCUCGAGUUUCCCAAACGGGGCGGCAAACCGGACGAGUUUGCAGGCCUAGUCAGGCAUAUCAUUGAGAACUCAAUGCUAAAUGGCGUUGUGGUGAGGCUAGAUGGCGCAGCCCGCAUGUCCAGCAGACUGUGA